UUAAAAUAGUCGACUGCCGCGCAACGACACAGCGCAUGGUGUGUGGCGCGUUGCGCUUAACGUGUCCAUCGUCAGGUAGCGUCAGCACAACGGCAUGAAAGCGAAAACGCAAAAGAACAAAAUUUGCCAUGCUUUACACGCAACAGCGCUUAGAAAAUCAUCGACCGUUUGCACUACACUUUCCAUAGACCAGAAGAAGCACACACCAGCGCACAUACACAAAGCGCGCGCAUGUGUGCGCAAUGCCAGUGGCUAUGGCGCGCCGAGCGUAGGGAGCGACAAGCGCAUGAGUUUGCAAGUUCAACAACGUUGUCGCUGCUGGCGCAGCUUAAUUCACUACAAAAACCUUUGCGUCAUUACCAGCGACGAAGCCAGCGCUAACGUGUUAGCCGUCGACGCGCAGGUUGAAGCUGUUGGACAACCUGUUCGAUGUUGGCGCUUAUUUGCAUUGAACUAUUUAGUUUUGCUUUUUGUGCUUAUCAAGCAUAUCGAUGAAGAAGCUGACUGCCGAAGAGUAGGCACUAUCGUCGUCUAUUCACUACGAUUAUUAAAACCACAUACAACAGCCGAGCGGCAAGCAUUCCAAGUUACGUUUCCUCGGCGUUAAGACGCGUGCUACCGAGAACACGCUAAACUGCAGACGGGGCAGACAACGGGCGCGCGGUUCUAACAACACCAAACAUAAGCAAGUGGCUAGAACGCGGUGGCAGCGUUAAGAAACUGUUGAAAAGGCAUACGAAAUCAGUUAUAUUCGCCUAGAAAAAUACAUAUAAAUCAGUGCAAAGUGCAAAUAAAAACAUUGAAAAUAAGAAAAAAAAUAUUGGAAUUGAAUUUUAUGAAGUAAGAACUAUAGAACUUUGAAACUUUUGUGUGCGCGCAGACGUAAAAGUGUAGCGAAUUUUCGGAGCGCAGUAAAAAAAUAUGUGCGAUUGUCUAUAAAAUCUGAAUAAUAUAAAAUUGUGUGCGCGAAAAUGUUUUUCUUACUGCAACCACGUUUGCUACUACCUGUGCUAGUAUGCCUGCUGUGCGCCUUUACUUGGGCGCAGGAGCGCAAUGUAAUACUAGAGACCUUUGACUUUCUGCGUCGCGGCCAGAUAGACGCAAAUUUAGAAAAUUACGACAAUAACCUGCAAAUGGAGAAGGAAUAUGAUUUUAUUGUUGUCGGCGCGGGUACAGCGGGUUGUGCAAUAGCGGCGCGCUUGUCAGAGAAUCCAAAAUGGAAGGUGCUGCUGCUCGAAGCUGGCGGCCCAGAGAGUCUCAUAAUGGAUGUGCCCAUAGUAGCACAUUUUUUGCAACUGGGCGAAAUGAAUUGGAAGUAUCGCACGCAACCUUCGGAUCGCGCUUGCUUAGCUAUGAACAACAAUCGUUGCAAUUGGCCGCGCGGCAAGGUUAUGGGCGGCUCGUCUGUGCUUAACUAUAUGAUGUAUACGCGCGGUAACCGACGUGACUACGAUCGCUGGGCAGAGUUGGGUAAUGUUGGCUGGGGUUGGCGUGAUGUGUUGCCAUAUUUCAAGAAAUAUGAAGGCUCCAAUGUGCCAGAUGCUGAUGAGGAUUUAGUGGGACGCAAUGGUCCAGUUAAAGUGUCGUAUGUGAAUUGGCGUUCAAAGAUUGCCGACGCCUUUUUGGAGGCGGUGCAGCAAGAUGGUUUGCAACAUCGCGAUUACAAUGGACACAUUCAAAAUGGUGUCAACUACUUGCAUACGACCACACGCAACUCAACGCGUUGGAGUUCAAAUCGUGCUUAUUUGUAUCCGCUCAAGGGUAAACGCCGUAAUUUGCACGUGAAGAAAUUCGCUUUAGUCACAAAAGUGCUCAUCGAUCCAACUACAAAAACCGCUUACGGCAUAAUGGUGCGCACCGACGGACGCGAGCACAAAAUACUCGCGCGCCGAGAGGUGAUCGUUAGCGCUGGCGCCAUAAACACACCGCAACUGCUCAUGCUCUCAGGUGUUGGGCCAGCGCAGCAUUUGCGUGAGGUGGGCAUUAAGCCGAUUGUGGACUUGGCCGUAGGCUUUAAUCUGCAAGAUCAUACAGCGCCUGCGGUAACGUUCACGACCAAUGCAACAUCGUUACAUUUUGAAGAUUUCGCCGAUCCGACACUGGUGAAUCGCUUUAAUCGUCAAGAGGGUCCCUACGGUUCACCCGGCGGCUGUGAGGCUAUGGCUUUCUGGGACUUGGACCACCCACAACUGAAGGAUGGUUGGCCAGAUAUUGAACUGUUCUUGGUAGGCGGCUCAAUGUCCUCAAAUCCGGCGAUAUCGCGUGCCUUUGGUCUCAAAAAAAUCAUCUACGAUUCCAUGUUUGCGGAAAUCGAAGACAAAGAACUCAAUGCAUUCAUGAUAUUCCCCAUGAUAUUGCGUCCUAAGAGCCGCGGACGCAUCAUGCUCAAAAGCACAGAUCCGCAAAAAUACCCACUUAUCUACUCAAACUACUACGCGCAUCCCUAUGAUGUCGACAUCUCUGUGCGUGGCGUGCAGAAGGCGAUCAGUCUGAUCAACUAUCCGGGCUUCAAGAAGAUCAACGCCAAAGUAUGGAAUCGCAGAAUACCCACAUGUAAGGGUAUCGAAUUCGGUACACGCGACUACUGGGAAUGUCAUGUGCGCCAUUUCACUUUCACCAUCUACCACUACUCAGGCACAGCAAAAAUGGGCCCGGCAACCGAUCCGGCGGCUGUGGUGGAUCCCCGUCUGCGUGUCUAUGGCAUUAAAAAUCUGCGUGUGGCCGAUGCGAGCAUCAUGCCAGAGAUCAUGUCCGGACAUCCGAACGGGCCAGUCUUCAUGAUAGCCGAGAAGGCGGCGGAUAUGAUCAAAGAGGAUCACGGCUUCAAGCAAUAACGCGGCGCCAUUGUAGAAGUAUUUUUAAGUAGAACAUAAACUGUAUUUAUAUGCCAAGCUUUCCAAAAGGGGACAACAGUAGCUUGUAAGACAGGGUGGUACUAAGUCUAAGCCAGCAUUAAGUAUAAAUAAGUUUAAUUAAGUUUUUAGUUUUAAGUAUGCAAAAAUGUGUUGCCAAGUAGGUUAAUUCCAAAUUUAAACCUUUAGAUUACUAUAGAGCAUCAAUGAAGCAUUCUAAGUCUAAAUAUUUACAGUUACUUUUAGUGAAAUAGAAAAAUCAGUGCACUGAAAAUUAAUACUUAAGUUUUAAAGUGAAAAUAAAUAUGUUUGUAAGCAUGUGUCAA